UUUGAAUUUUCUUUUUUCCUAAUAGCCCAGAUGCCCCUUUAGUAAGAUUGGAACAAAAGGUUUCUUUGUCAUUGAAGCAAGCCCUAGAAAAACUCAAGUUAACUACUGACAACGGACCUAGCAAGGAAGAAGAGGAUAGUAAUGAAGUAAAGGUUGGGACCACAUGUAAAAAUGCAGGUUGUAACAAGACGUUUCUAGAUGCAGGCAGCAAUGAAGAGGUAUGUGUUUAUCACUCUGGAGUGCCCAUUUUCCAUGAAGGGAUGAAAUAUUGGAGCUGCUGUAAGAGAAAAACUUCUGAUUUCAAUUCUUUCAUGUCCCAAGGGGGCUGUACACAAGGCAAGCACAUGUGGACCAAAGCAACUGCAGCCAAUCAAGUUGUACCAUGCAGACAUGAUUGGCACCAAACUGGGGGACAAGUCAUAAUUACUGUUUAUGCCAAAAACUCUGACCCAGAGCUGAGUUAUGUUGAAGCAAACAGCUCAGUGCUGAAUAUCCACAUUUUAUUUGAAAGGGAAAAGGAAUUUGAACACACAGUGAACUUGUGGGGUGUCAUUGAUGUUAGUAAAAGUCAAAUGAGUAUGACACCUGCCAAAAUUGAGAUUACUAUGAAGAAAGCUGAACCAAUAUUAUGGGCUCGGCUUGAACUACCUCCACCACAGCCUGAGAAAAACGAACCUGCACCAGAUUCAAAUGAUGAAGAUGAUUGAAAGAAGCUGGGACCAACUUAGAAAAGUGAAGUAGGUGGUGGGAGAAAGUAGAUAGCAACAUUUGCUGUUGAAAUUGAUUUUAAUCGUGUAAUGUGUCUACAUUCUGUAUUCCCAUUUUGCAAACAAUUUUCAUAGAAUAACUGCUGACUGUAUGCAAAGCUAUUUAUGAACAACUGUACUACACUUUGUCUUAAGCUGUAUAGAUUUGUUCAUGUAACAUAUGAACUGUAAUAUCCAGUACAUUGAUUUAAAAUCCAGAAGCAACACAGCAUUCUCACAAUUUGAUUGAAUUUAAAUAAAGAUCACUUAACUAAUAGAA